AAAAAAAAAUAAUAAUAAUCGAGUAGCUAUUGGAUCCAAGGAUGGUUUAGAACGCUGCUCGUGCGAAGCAAAGUGAGGAAAAUGCCAAGGACCCGUCACGCACGCCACAUGUGUGGGGAGGAGGCUCGCGUUCUCGCAUUCUUAUAAAAAUGUCCCAGAUCCAAAUCUCCUGAAACUAAGCUCAUCAUUCCCUCUUCCUCCUCCCCCUUUCUCUCUCCUGCGCCGGCGUAUUUUUACAUGGACACCACCGGCCGGCUCCACCACCGAAAGCAUGCUACACCCGUUGACGACCGUUCUCCGACCAUUCCGAAAGCGUCGGACGCGCUUCCGCUUCCCCUCUACCUGACCAACGCGGUUUUCUUCACGCUGUUCUUCUCGGUGGCGUAUUACCUCCUUCACCGUUGGCGCGACAAGAUCCGCAACUCCACUCCCCUUCAUAUCGUUACUCUCUCUGAAAUUGUUGCUCUUUUCUCCCUCAUUGCCUCUUUCAUUUACCUCCUUGGAUUCUUCGGUAUCGAUUUUGUGCAGUCAUUCAUUGCACGCGCCUCCCAUGACGUGUGGGACCUCGAAGAUACGGAUCCCAACUACCUCAUCGAUGAAGAUCACCGUCUUGUUACUUGCCCUCCCGCUAAUAUAUCUACUAAGACUACCAUUAUUGCCGCACCUACCAAAUUGCCUACAUCGGAACCCUUAAUUGCACCCUUAGUCUCGCAGGAAGACGAAAUGAUCGUCAACUCCGUCGUGGAUGGGAAGAUACCCUCCUAUUCUCUGGAGUCGAAGCUCGGGGACUGCAAACGAGCGGCUGCGAUUCGACGCGAGGCUUUGCAGAGGAUGACAGGGAGGUCGCUGGAAGGCUUGCCAGUAGAAGGGUUCGAUUACGAGUCGAUUUUAGGACAAUGCUGUGAAAUGCCAGUGGGAUACGUGCAGAUUCCGGUGGGGAUUGCGGGGCCGUUGUUGCUGAACGGGCGGGAGUACUCUGUUCCAAUGGCGACCACGGAGGGUUGUUUGGUGGCGAGCACUAAUAGAGGGUGUAAGGCGAUUUACUUGUCAGGUGGGGCCACCAGCGUCUUGUUGAAGGAUGGCAUGACAAGAGCGCCUGUUGUUAGAUUCGCGUCGGCGACUAGAGCCGCGGCGUUGAAGUUCUUCUUGGAGGAUCCUGACAAUUUUGAUACCUUGGCCGUAGUUUUUAACAAGUCCAGUAGAUUUGCGAGGCUCCAAGGCAUUAAAUGCUCAAUUGCUGGUAAGAAUCUUUAUAUAAGAUUCAGCUGCAGCACUGGCGAUGCAAUGGGGAUGAACAUGGUUUCUAAAGGGGUUCAAAACGUUCUUGAGUUUCUUCAAAGUGAUUUUUCUGAUAUGGAUGUCAUUGGCAUCUCAGGAAAUUUUUGUUCGGAUAAGAAGCCUGCUGCUGUAAAUUGGAUUGAAGGACGUGGCAAAUCAGUUGUUUGUGAGGCAAUUAUCAAGGAAGAGGCGGUGAAGAAGGUGUUGAAAACCAAUGUGGCCUCCCUAGUGGAGCUUAACAUGCUCAAGAAUCUUGCUGGUUCUGCUGUUGCUGGUGCUUUGGGUGGAUUUAAUGCCCAUGCAGGCAACAUCGUAUCUGCAAUCUUUAUUGCCACUGGCCAGGAUCCAGCACAGAAUGUUGAGAGUUCUCAUUGCAUUACCAUGAUGGAAGCUGUCAAUGAUGGAAAGGAUCUCCAUAUCUCUGUGACCAUGCCCUCCAUUGAGGUGGGUACAGUCGGAGGUGGAACUCAACUUGCAUCUCAGUCUGCUUGUCUCAAUUUGCUUGGGGUGAAGGGUGCAAACAAAGAGUCGCCAGGAUCAAACUCAAGGCUCCUUGCUGCCAUCGUAGCUGGUUCAGUUUUGGCUGGUGAGCUCUCCUUGAUGUCUGCCAUUGCAGCUGGGCAGCUUGUCAAGAGUCAUAUGAAGUACAACAGAUCCAGCAAAGAUAUGUCUAAAGCUGCAUCUUAGUGGGAAUCUGGUCCCAGCAAUGUAAAAUGAUCUAAAAUAAAAUGUGGCGGAGAUUGUUUGGGAGAGAGAGAGAGAGAGAGAGGAAGGGAGGGAUAGAGAGAGAGAGAGAGUGAGGGGGAAAAGUCAAGGCUGUUUGGUUCCCAUGUGGGAUUGUUUAGCUGUCAUAGCUGUAAAAUUUGCUGUUAUAUGAAUUAUGGAGAUAGGAAUGAAGCAUUGCUAAUUAUGCUUUGCCUCUCCUUCUUCCUAACUUCUCCCCUCUCCCUCUACUUCUCUCUCUACCCUUCUAGUCAUGUGAUAGCAUCUCCUAUCCACCUAUGAGCAAAACGUAUCCCCACCCAAUUAUUUAGAGUAUGCUGUGUACUUCCUAAUUGUUAAUUUUCAAUCUCUUUCAUUCUUUGUUGUUGCCGCUUGCCAUGUUACAUAAUUGUGUUUGCAGUUGGGGACUAGAGCCUUUCACAGGUGGUCCAAGUGGCUUUAUGCUUUUGGUAUUUUCGCAUUGUACACAAGAAUGAGAUCACAGAUCAUUAAUCGGGUGACAUUCUAUUUUCUAUAGCAUGUAUCAAAUUGAUUUCAGCAUAUACUCAAAAGUUCUGGUAUUUUGAACUUUUAGGAAGCUUGAAAUGCAAUGUGUAGAAUUUAACUCUUGAGGACUGAUGUGGCAGUGGUAUGCAUCCAAAUAUCAAUUUGUAGUGUGGUAGAAACAAAGGAAGAAAGAUCAGUGGUUGCAUAAUUUAAUAGUUGGAAGUCAGGGUGCACAUUUUUUAGAUCUCAAUUUCUACAAGUCUGGCAAGAAUUAUAGUUUCAUUAUAAUGUAAAUAAACAAUUUAUCAUUUU